CCUCAAGCCCAUCCUUCAUUAGCUUUAAUACUCAGCAGUUUAGGGUUUUAGGCAGGCAUCAUAGUCAGUUAGCAGCUCCAUAAUCGAAAAUGGUGAAGGGACGCCAAGGAGAACGUGUUAGACUCUAUACUAGAGGAACAGUUCUUGGAUACAAGAGGUCGAAGUCAAAUCAGUAUCCAAACACGUCAUUGGUUCAGAUCGAGGGAGUGAACACGAAGGAGGAAGUAGAUUGGUACUUGGGGAAGCGUAUGGCCUAUAUAUACAAGGCGAAAACAAAGAAGAAUAACUCCCAUUAUCGCUGCAUUUGGGGUAAAGUUUGCAGGCCACAUGGAAACAGUGGGGUCGUUAGAGCUAAGUUCACGUCCAAUCUGCCACCAAAGUCCAUGGGUGCUAAGGUUAGAGUUUUCAUGUACCCAAGCAACAUAUAAGCAAGGUGUUUAGUUGAUGCUUGUUUGGACGGCCCUACAUUUGUCUAUUCAAGUUCAUUAGAAUCUUUAAAACUAGUUGGGCAUAAAUUGUUUUGGGUUAUGUGGAGUUACAUUUUUAGUCGUUUUGUUUAUCAUGUACUUGAAAUACCAAGGAGUGAACAUCUGAUUAGAUGCUACCUAAUUUUGUUCUUGGAGUUUCUACUUACGAUCAUUUGCUUCUCGUUGCUUUUAAAUCUUAAAUUUUGUUUAGUUGAUGCUUGUUUGGACGGCCCUACAUUUGUCUAUUCAAGUUCAUUAGAAUCUUUAAAACUAGUUGGGCAUAAAUUGUUUUGGGUUAUGUGGAGUUACAUUUUUAGUCGUUUUGUUUAUCAUGUACUUGAAAUACCAAGGAGUGAACAUCUGAUUAGAUGCUACCUAAUUUUGUUCUUGGAGUUUCUACUUA